AUGGCUAGACGUGAAACAGCGGAAGUUUCAUUAGAUGCUGGCUCUCAACCGACGCAAUCCUUGUCCACAGAUAAUUUGCAAAAGCCGGCUGGUUCGUCAAAUAAUCAAAUCAGUAGUGAAUAUCAGCGUUCAUAUCAAUGGAAGCUUCCAAUUGUUCAAGUAAAUAAACCACCAAGGGCUCCUUCUAAAUCUGAAUAUCAAAGAGAAUAUUGCUGGAAAAGCGCACCUUCUACGCCUGUUAAGGAAUUAUUAUCUGAUUCAAAAUCUUCUCCUCAAUCUUCUUCCCCAUCUACUCCUAAACCAGUUCCUCAAUCUGUUCCCCAAUCUUCUGUUAUUGAUAAUAAGUCUGUCGAUACAACUCGGUUAACAGAUGUAUCUAUAAAAACUUUGACAACUGAUGACUUUAAUGCUGUUAGAAGAACCCCCGAACCAACAAAAGACAUUAAUGCUGUUAGAAGAACCCCUGAACUAACAAAAGACAUUACUAAUGUUUUACCCGUUGAAACAAAUGUAAAACAAAAUGGUACUUACACUACUGAACCAGAUACACUUGCCUCUAAUUCUGGAAAAUUCACUUCAAGUGCUGGUAUUGAUAAGUGGAAAGAUGGUCUCAGAAACAGUUCAAAUGAGUCAAAUUAUGAUCCUAUUGAAAAAAAGAUUGUGGUUUUGGAAGGUUCUCGUUUAUCUAAAAGAUCUCGUUGUCGUUCAAUGUACUCUUUAAGAGACGAAUUAAAAACAAAAGAACUUGCUAAUCAACUAUCUGAUCCAUAUGAAACCGAAUACAAACAGCAAUUUGUAGACUGGGUAGAAUAUUAUAAUCAUGAAAGAAAACCCCUUCAAAGAAGAGGUUCUUGGUCUGCUCCACUCGAUAAUUUUAAAUCGUUAGAUGGUUUUGAUCGUAAUGAUUCAAAAUCUUCUGAACCACGUAAACAUCAACCUUUAAUUAAUGAUUCGACUUCUAUAAAGAGUAAUCAUUCUCGUGGCUUAAUGAGACCAUCUACUUCAGCUGAAUUUCGUAAUUAUCGUAGUGACUACAAUGAUGUUCCCAGUGAUAAAUUUAGUAAACUCAAUUUAAAUGAUUAUUAUUCUUCAAGUCAGGCUAAAGGUACUGAAAUACAAAAAUCUAAAAGUAGUGAACUCCAAAAAUUUAAGAGUAAUGAGAUGCAAAGAACUAAAAGUUCUGGUAGUUCUCCUUUACGUAAUUCUGUAUUUAGCCAAAAUGAUCUUAUAUCUCAACAAGAUACCCCUGAUUAUCGUCGGCGUAAUAUUUCUGCUAUUGAGCUCCCCGGAAGGCCUCGAAAUCGUGAUACGCACAUGGAUGAACGAAGACGUGAUUAUGAACAUUUAUAUGAUAGAUGUCGUGAUCCAAUGAAUACUAAUCGCAAAGACGAUUAUGAUAAACAACAAAAUGAUAAAUCUUAUAAUGAUCGUUAUAAUAAUAAUCAUUUAUCAAAUGUUGAUUAUAAUUAUUAUAUAACGGAACGUCAACUUGAUAAUGGUUACGAUAUUCGUUAUAAUAAACGAGAUCAUGAUGAAUAUUAUAAGCAUGGCAAUCGAUCCGCUCAUAUUUCUGACAAAGAACAUUAUGGUCGACAUGCUAAUGGGCAUAGCGAUGGGCAUAGCAAUGGGCAUAGCAAUGGGCACUCACGAAAUACCUCAUACUCUUCAACAAGUGAUCUUGAUCCAUCACGUUCAUAUGUUCGUUCCCCUCUUCCUAAUGCUAACCCUUCAUAUUUAGAUCAUCUACGUCACCGUCCCACUGCAAGUGAUAGUAGUUCUGUAUCAACUCCAAGUAGUCCUGCAACUCCAAAUGGAUUUUAUGAUAAUGAUUAUAGAUCAAGAAAAAGUAAUGGUCUGGAUCCACGGAUUUAUAAGGAGCAGACCUAUUCAUCUGCUAUAACGUCAAAAUCACAUAUGGGACCUCCAAAAUUAAAUCUACCAUUAGAUGAUGAUAAAGAACGUUAUUAUCGCUCAAAUCCUUUAAGUCCUUCUCGUAAUAAAUUUUAUCUCGAAGAUGAUAAAGAACGAUAUCGUCAAAGCCCUUCUCGUAAUAAAUUUUAUCUUGAGGAUAGAGAUGAUGACGAUGAUAUUUCACAUUAUGUUUCAAGUAAACGUUCGCCUCAAGUUCCAUUACCAUCAAUAUUAAGAGACAAGUCUUUAGCCGCAAAAUCGCCCACACCAUCAACUCCACGUUCUUAUCAAUCAACAUAUUCAUCACCCCCUUUUACUAGAGCGCCAAGUCCAACUCGCAAUUCUUAUGCUAAAAAACAUAAUAAUUAUUAUUAUGAGACUUCUUCCCCUACUUUGUCGCCGACUUAUUCUUCACGUCCGCCAUCACGAGCAACUAGUGUUAGUAGUCAUGCCACUUCCAUUGAAGAAGAAUCUGUUAUACUAACCGAUAUCCUUCGAGACGCGGAUUCACUGACGUUGAAGAAUUUAACUGAUCAAUUAAAAAUAUUUAAACAUCGAGAAAUUAAGCCUCCUACUACUAAAAAAAAUACAUCUCAUAGUACACCUGGUACGAGGAGGUCAUCUGUUACAACUACCCAGAAUUCUUCCACAAAAUCCACAAAGGGUACAAAAAGUAGUUCUGUACCUGGUACUCCUAGUUCUGCCCAAAAGAAGAAAAGUAGUAAAACAACUAAAUCAAUACCUUCAAAAUCAUCCGUGACUUCAUCGUAUCGUGAGGCAUACAGAGAUUAUACUUUAGAUAAACGGCCUGAACCAACGGAUUUUACCGCAGCAAGAGAAGCUUUAAGUCGUGCAAAAUUAAAGGUCGAAGAAAUGUUGGAACUUGUCAGCAACAAUGGUUCCUUAUAUUAA